AUGUUCAAUAAUUCCAGAGAUCCUCCAAGUUAAAUUCUUCUACUUAUUCUAACUUAAUUGCCUCCUUCUUUCCCAUUGACGAAUGAGUACUUGCACAAGAAGUUUAAUGAGUUUGGAGACCUUAAGAAAAUACUUAUUUUCGAAAGAGGAAAGACAAACAAGGCUUUUGUGGAAUUUCAUAAUUUAAAGAGUGCAAUAGCAGCCAGAAAACAACUGAAUGGGUUGAACAUUCAAGGGGGAAAAAUGAUAAUCCAUUACUCUCGACUUAAAAAUCUUAAUCUCGAAAUCGUGGAUAAUUCAAGAGGAACGGAUUAUACUUAAGCUAGCAGCAAUAGUCAAAAUUCAGAUUCUAUACUUCAUUCUAAAACAGACGACAACAUCCGAGUCAACUUAACUAAUCAUAUUAGUCAAAGCUCGUCUUCAAGAGCGAACUCAAGUCCUGUUAGAAAUGAGGAGAUCAAUCGGUUACUCGAUUAUGAUGAUGAUGAUUUUGAUAUUUGGAAACAAGAAAUUCAACUUAAUUUGACUGACAUGCAUCCAGAAAUACAAACCCUACUAAGAUAGAAACAAUCUAAAUUGCUCAGAAUUGCAUCAAUAGACACUAAAGUAACUGCAAAGAUGAUUUACAACGUCUUUACCAAAUUUGGGAAUAUUGAGGAGAUUCUGUAUUAGAAAUAAUUGCAGAAGGCAUAUGUGAAAUUCCAGACCAUUAAUUAGGCAACCAUAGCUAAAGAAUAUCUCAAUAACGCUCAAUUCUUUGAUUCAAUUUUGCGCAUCUAUUUUGAACCCCUAUAGCCGUUAUAGCCAACUUCGUUGUAAGAUGAAUACAUGAUUUAUUACAAUGAAAACUGUACAUAGAAAAUUAUGCCACUCUCACCUAAUCUCUUAAUCACAGGAGUCUAAGAUCCUACGGAAAUCUCGGAAUUAAUCAAAAUGUUUGCCAAAAUUAAAGACAUCAAAAUUCAUGUAAAUAGUCUUUAACUAUCAAUGUGUUCCAUUGCAGAUACGCUUAAGAUAAUGGCAGUGUUUUCAGAUUAUGAAUUUAAGAAUUAGAAGUUAAACAUCAUUCUCAAAUGA